AUGGCUCUGCCACAAAGGAUCCUCUUUCCCCCAGAGAAGAUAUGCAUGGACUGGCAGCAAAGACAGAGACCUGGAGCGGGACUCCUCAACCUGGGAAAUACUUGCUACAUCAAUGUCAUCCUGCAGUGCCUGACGUACACACCCCCUCUGGCCAACUAUCUGCUCUCUCAUGAGCACAGCCAGUCAUGCCAACAGCAAGGCUUCUGCAUGAUGUGCAUCAUGGAAGUACACAUUAGGAAGGUCCUGCAUUCCUCAGCCAGUGCCAUCCUGCCUGGGGCUGUUCUCAGGGACCUCAAAUUCAUAGGAGAAGAGUUUGAGUAUGGCAGGCAGGAAAACGCCUAUGAGUUCUUGCGCUGUGCUCUCAGUGCCAUGCAGAGAGCUUGUCUGAGUGGCAGCAGCGACAUGGACAUCUCUUCACAAGAAACUACCAUCGUGCAUCAAAUAUUUGGGGGCUUUAUGAGAUCCAGAGUCACAUGCUUGAACUGCCAAGCAGUUACUGAUUCCUACAAGGCCUUUCUGGAUGUCUCUUUGGAUAUCAGAGCAGCCUCAUCCCUCACCACAGUUCUGGAGGACUGUGUGACACCCAGGGAGCUGGAUCUGAAAGAAUGCUUCAAAUGUCGCAAGUAAGAUGAUUCCCAACAACAUAAUAUCACCAGAUCCUGCA